AUGCACAUGCACGGCCUGUACCUGGAUCGACAAUGGAUGCUAGUUGACGGCAAGACUCACAGAUUCGUCACGAUGCGUGAACUCCCCAGAAUGACUCUGAUCAUUACACAAAUCAGCAAGGAUGGUCAUAAUUUGCUCGUCAGUGUGGCAGAUGGUGAUGGACAGAUCAGCAUCCCGGCCUGUCCAAGCCCAAGCUGGCUACAGGCCAAUACAACGCUUGAGCAAGUCCGUGUCUGGAGUGACGACACCGAUGGCUACAUGUAUGGACCAGAAGUGAACGAAUUCUUCUCUCGAUUCUUGGAACGUGAUGUCCGUCUCGUUUACAAAGGCCCCAAGGAUCGCAUACUACGCAAAAACGGUGCGCCGCAUGUCCUUGGGCGCGUUCAGUCCACCUUUUUUGCCGACGGAUUCCCAUUACUUAUUGCUUCUAAACCGUCUAUUUCCGAGCUCAAUUCUCGAUUAUCUGCCAAGGGAGAGGGGCGCAUUACUAUCGAACGGUUUCGGCCCAAUAUCAUUGUCCGGGGAAACCGGCCUUGGGCUGAAGAUUCUUGGAAAACCGUACGAGUAUAUUCUUCUCCUUCAUCUUCUCUCCCUCUCGACGACAAAAACUCGAUCGUCCUUGAUGUCGUAUCUCGCUGUACGCGCUGCACAGUACCCAACGUUGAGCCCGCGACUGCAAAGGCACACAACAAGGAGCCAUCGAGUACGCUUGCGUCUUAUCGUAGGAUUGAUGCGGGUGCCCCGUAUCAAGCGUGCUUUGGUAUGAAUAGUGCACCACGAAAUGAGGGUGUGGUUGAGGUUGGUAUGCUGUUUGAGGUAUUGGAGGAGACGGAUCAGCAUCGGAUACUUAAAGAUUGA